AUGAGCGGCGAAAAGUACGGUGUACUCAGCUUGAAAGAGCGCCUUUCCUUGGUUGCCUGCAUCCUUGAACUUCCCUUCACAGUCACUGCGCGGAUUAUCACCUCUAUUGGCGCUGCUCAUAACAAAUCCAAGUCGACGCGCCGUGUACUUGGAGAUGCAACUUUCAAGUUCCUCGGGGAUCGACUCAACUACCACCAGAUCCAGUUCGUCUUCGGCACAUCCGUCAACGUUUACGAGAGUUGGGCGAAAAGUAACAAACUUCCCAUCGUUGUCGAUGAUCUUGGGGAUACGGGUGGACAACUGUUCUGGAUCGGCUCGAAACAGCUCGACCGGGUGGUCCUAUACAUGCAUGGAGGAGGAUUUGUUGCCCCACUUCAAGACUAUAUGUUGGAUUUCUGGCGCUCUGUUCAGAAGACUGUAGAAGCACAGAAGGUAGAAGUAGGUUUUGCCGUUCUAGCGUAUAGUAUCAUCCCUGACGCUGGAUUCCCUCAGCAGCUGCGACAGGCUGUUGAAGCCGUCCAUCACCUUGUUCGCGCCGGAGUUCCCAUGCAGAACAUCCAGAUCGUUGGCGACUCCGCUGGCGCGAACCUCGUCAUGCAACUCUACUCCCACAUUCUCCAUCCUCACCCCGAUGUUCCUCCCUUGUCCGUUACCACCAAAUUCUCCAGCAUGUGCCUCAUUUCGCCUUGGAUCUCCAUGCUAGGCGAGGGUGCUUCAUCCUUUGAAUCUGCGAAGAGCGUCAACGACGUUAUGAACCCCAAGACCUCCCGUGCAUGGGGAGCUCGUGUUCUCCAAGAUGUACCCGACGCCUAUCGCCCAUACGUCGACGCUGUGAACGCGCCGAGUGGUUGGUUCAAAGGUAUGGAUGGUAUUGUGGAUCGUAUCCUCGUUAUCGUUGGAGACGCGGAGUGCCCAUACAACUCUACGGUAGUGUUCGAGGAAGACCAUCUUUCGAAGCAUCAUCCCAGCGUGACGCUGUUCACUCAGGGAGAUGGUGUUCACGAUGAUCCUUUCAUGGAGUUCUUCGCCAGAUCGUCUAAGCAUGGUGAAGCAGCCAAGCUGAUCUGCGAGUGGGUUGCGAGUGGAUGA